AUGCUUGUAAUGCUUAAAUAUAAGCCAAUCUAUGUGCUCUAUUUUGUGCCAAUACUAAUCUGUGCUGGAACAUAUAUGUGAAUUGCAUUAACAUUAAAGAAAGAUUAUUAUCGUCUUAGUGAAUAUCACAUUUCUAAUGUAUCUAUGUGACACUUAUUGAUGACUCUUGUGCCAAACCAAUGGAAAUCGAGCGUUUUAGCUCACAAUUUAUCAAUGGUCUAUCUUGCUUAUGGUAUCUGGAACACCUAUGAUCUUUACGAUGCUGACGUUAUCUCAAGUGUUGUCUUUUCUUGUCUAUAUUUCACCAUUUCGAGCUACUUGUUAAUUAUCAAAACAAGAAAUAUGUAUUCAGAAAUUCUCAAAAACAAGCGACUCAUCAAAGAAAUGAAGAAAGUCAUGCAAAUUCUCCCCUUUGGUGUUGUCAUCUGGCCAACUAAAGCCAACGAAAAGUGGUUUACCAACCAAGAGUUCACUAAUAAGUUUACGAAGAUCAGGAAAGACCUCUCCGAUCUCAAAGACAUCGACAUUUCGUUCAUCGACAACUCUGAUGAAGCAAAUGUACACCAAACCAUUCCACACGAUUUAGAGGAGUUGUUGAAGUCUCAGCAGCAAAUGCUUGAUGACCAAGACUCAAUGGUUGACCAAGAUAUCAAGAUCCACUGCAACCCACAAGGCAACUUGUUGAUAUACAAAGACAGAGAUGACGAAGCCCAUAGAACCUGCAACGUCAAAACGCUGAUGGUCGAGUGGGAAGGAACCAAUGCUUUCAUGCAUGUUUUUGUCGAUAACACUAAUGUGAUCAAGCUCGAGGAAGCCAAGAACAAUAUCAAGUGUCAGAAGAUUAUGUUCACAUCGGCUUCACACGAGUUCAGGACUCCACUCAACUCGAUCACCAACUCUUUCGACAUCGUACUCAACUCGUUCCAAGAAUUGCACAACAUAUCGAAGCCGUACUUGCGGCAGCUCCGAGGCGCCAAGAAAGAAGCUGCAGAGUUGAACACAGACAUGGUCACCAAGUUCGUCAAAAUCGGAAAGAGUUCCUCGCUCCUGUUGCUCACGCUCAUUGAAGACGUGUUGAACCUGUCCAAGAUGGAGGCCGGAACUUUCAAGCUCACCAAGAGUGUGUUCUCGGUGAAGGCUCUGCUCGAUGAAAUAUUCGACAUCUUCGAAAUGCAGUGUUUGAGAAAGAACUUGGACUUCAGGCUUGAAAUGACUGAAGAAGUGUCGAGACUUGAAUUGAAUUCAGAUGAAGGCAGAAUCAAGCAGGUAAUACUCAACUUGAUAUCAAAUUCUAUGAAAUUCACCUUCCAUGGAUAUAUCAAAAUUGAGUGAAAAAUUGUUCGAGACUGGCAGAACACUUUUGUCGAAUUCGCUGUUGAAGACUCUGGCAUCGGCAUCACCGAAGAACAGCAACAACAGUUGUUCAAACUGUUCAGCAUGGUCUCCGACCCAAACUCAAUCAACCCAAAUGGAACAGGGAUCGGCCUCACCAUCAGCAAGAAAUAUGUGGAGGCCAUUGGAGGCAGCAUUCACUUAGAAUCAGAGGCAAAGAAAGGGACUUUGGUAGUGUUCACAAUACCAAUUGAAGAAGAACCAGAGCACAUGCUAAAACAAAUUGAGGAUCAUAAAGAUGACAAGUAA